CUCGUCGUUCAUUCCACGGAUUAGCUUCUAGAAUUUGAAUGAGUGGUGACUGGAGUUGGAAGCAUGUUCGACAACUUCCUUAUACCGUGGAGCAGUUUCUUAUUCAAAAAUGAAGAGCCAGAAAACAAAGUUCAGGAAUUGGAGUCUAUAGAACCUGAUGCUGGGGGAAGGGCUGUUGAGUCGAAGCUCAAAGUGAAUGAAUCGCUAAACUCCGUGUUCAGUUAUUCACACGGCUUACCUCCAAAACCCUAUUCAAACCGCAGUUUUCCCAAUGCUUUGAGACGGAAAAGAGGUUCACUUUCAAGCAGUAACAAGGGUGAUCUUGACAAUAUUUUGGCUUCAGGUCACUCAGCAUGUGACGCAGUUGUUCCAGGUUCCCAAAUUUCUCCCUUGGACGGCAGCGAAGGUUCUGGAGAUCUACGAGGCCUCUCCUCCAACUUCCAAGACUUCAAUAUUUUAGCAAAAGAGGGUUCUCAAAUCAAUUUGACUUGUCAAGGUCGAGCUUCCGAACGUGAACAGGAUCAGCAGGUCGUUUCGAAAUACCAACCUUGUCUGCUUCCUUGUGCAAAAGAGUUGGGUCCGGGUGGGAUUCCACAGUCCGUAAGAAAGAUUGUUUUUCAAAUGGUCAGAUGCACUGUUGCCCGAGUCAUUCGAAGGGUAACCGGCUUGUCACUCUCAACCGUGGAGAAAUGGUUCUCAUUAUUGAGCCAUUUCUUGGAGUUAUCAGCAGAAGAGCAAUUAAUGUUUCUCAUCUUUUUACGAAAGUAUCUUAAACAUAAUGGGCCAUUGCGUGAAGGUCAAGACAGUUUGAGACCGCAAAAGUGGGAGCGUGUUUUAGCUCUGUGUGCGUAUUUCUCUGUUUGGCUGUCAGAAGAGUUUGCAGCACGUACAAGAGAAGAUUUGGUCACCUUGAUGGGCCCAAGGUUUCAUUUUGGGAAAGAGCAAAAGGAAUUCCUCAUUGCUGUAGAUUGGAGAAUAUAUAUUGGAUAUGACGAGUACUGUCAUACUUUAGAAAUGUUUCUGAUUCCUGAUGAGAUGCAACGUGGUGUCAUUAUUUGGGAAUGGUUGGGAUAUUCCACUUUGGAACUAACUGAAAGUCUCGAUGUGCGCAGAGAAGUAAUACUGAGCAACUUAACUCGACAUUCAACCGUUUUGAGUGCCGGAAGAAAAAGGCAGCCAAUGUUCCUGCCAGAUGAAAAAGAGACCACAGAAGAGGGAAGACGAUUCUUCCGCAAGAUGGCAUUGGGUGCCUUUCUUAGCUCUCAAGGACAUGAUGUGAAUGCUGAGACGAAUCCAUAUCUUUGUGUACCCAAUGGUUAGCUAGUUAGCUUUAAAUAAAGUGUAUAUAAUGAAA